CAAUGAGGUCAAUUUUGCGCCACUUAAAUUACAAAUGUCAUCAAAGAUCUCAGUCAGGGUGACGCGUCAAUCACUCCCAUUAGCCGCUCCUUCAACCCACGGCAUCCUCCUCCCUUGUUCCUACCUCAGUGUUUUGUUUCUUCCUCCAUUCUCAUCUACUGCAACACCAUCAAAAAACACAACCCAGAAGGCCAGAAGAGAGUAGCUAUAGCUCUAGUAUGUCUGCUCAAGCUCCCACCAUUCCUCUCCUCACUCCUUACAAAAUGGGAAAGUUCAAUCUAUCUCAUCGGUGUAUACUGCUUCAGUACCCUAACUAGAAUGUUCAUAAGAUGCUCGUAGUUAUAAAUCAUAGAGUUGCUUUCUCUUCUCCAGAGUUGUUUUAGCACCCUUGACUAGACAGAGAUCAUACAACAAUCUUCCUCAACCGCAUGCCAUCUUAUAUUACUCUCAGCGAACAACCAAUGGGGGUCUUUUAAUAGCUGAAGCCAGUGGAGUUUCUGACACAGCUCAAGGGUACCCGGAUAUGCCUGGUUUAUGGACAAAGGAACAAGUUGAAGCAUGGAAACCCAUCGUUGAUGCAGUUCAUGCUAAAGGUGGUGUAUUCUUCUGUCAGAUCUGGCAUGCGGGAAGAGUUUCAAAUAGUGGUUGGUGUGAUAAACAGAACCAUGAUAUGCUGAUUGCUGAACCAUGUAGUAAGCUUGAAGCUUUUCAACCAAAUGGACAAGCUCCGAUCUCUUGUACUGACAAGCCACUAACCCCUCAAGUACUAUCUAAUGGUGUUGAUGUUGCUGAAUUCACACCUCCAAGGCAAUUAAGGACAGAUGAAAUCCCACAAAUUGUCAAUGACUUUAGACUUGCUGCAAGGAAUGCAAUCGAAGCUGGCUUUGAUGGGGUUGAAAUUCAUGGAGCUAAGGGUUACCUUAUUGAUCAGUUUAUGAAAGACCAAGUGAAUGAUCGAACAGACCAAUAUGGUGGAUCUCUAGAGAAUCGCCGCCGAUUUGCUCUGGAAAUCAUUGAAGCAGUUGUUAAUGAAAUAGGAGCAGACAAAGUUGGAAUUAGAUUAUCUCCAUUUGCCGACUAUAUGGAAUCAGGGGAUUCAAACCCUGAAGCAUUAGGCCUUUAUAUGGUUCAAUCCUUAAACAAAUAUGGGAUUCUGUACUGCCAUGUGAUUGAGCCAAGAAUGAAGGAAGCUGGAGUAAAGAGUGAAAGUGCUGGCAGUCUUCUACCCAUGAGAGAAGCUUUUAGUGGUACCUUCAUGGCUAAUGGUGGUUUUGACAGGGAAGAUGGGAACAAUGCAGUGGCUGAGGGUCGUGUAGAUGUUAUUGCUUACGGCCGUUGGUUCUUGUCUAAUCCAGAUUUGCCAAAGAGAUUUGAGCUUAAUGCUCCUCUAAACAAGUAUGACAGAAGUACUUUCUAUACUUCUGAUCCAGUUGUUGGUUACACUGAUUAUCCAUUUCUUGAAACCACUGCUUAAAUUUGUUGUGUUCAAUGGCUUCCAUUUGUUCACAUCAAAUUUCAGGUUGGUUUGACAUCGUUGAUCACCUUGUUCACAUAUUAGGAUCCAUUCAUAUGAUUAAAUAUUAAUUUCCAUAUAUAUAUUUUUCUUUAUGACCUA